AUGGUUUGGAAUGGGCCUACGUCCUCAUCCAUGUUUUUCAAUAAAACACCGAAACCAAGGCUUCCCAUCUGGAAAGUAAUGCUCGACAAUGUACGAACAUAUCUAAGGAUUAAGCCGCAGGCCAUCCCGGAAGACAUUGUGGUCGGUGGAGACUCAAUAGUGGUAGAUGGGAAUAAGUUUUCUUUUGAUAGGAUCUUCAGAGGCUCGACACAGCAAGAGGUUUUUCAGGAGGUGUCUAAGAGCCUUCUAGUGGAAUGCAUGCAGGGAUACAAUUGUACUCUUUUUGCAUAUGGACAAACAGGAAGUGGAAAGACUUAUACUAUACAAGGAAAUGCUCACAACAUUGGGAUUGUUCAGAGGUCGCUGAGCCUUCUACAUAGAAACACAGACCUAAAGAUCUCUCUUUCGUUUGUUGAGAUAUACAACGAAAUGAUGCUGGAUCUGUUUGAUCCUGAAGCCAGCCUGUCCAUAAGAGAGGAUCCACUUUGUGGUGUGGUUGUUGACAAUCUGUCAACCGUGGAGUCUGACAGUUACGAGAAGAGUAUGGAGAUGUAUUCCAGGGGAAUAAGAACAAGAAGGACUUCAUCGACAUGUAUGAAUAAGGAGAGCAGUAGAAGCCACUCGAUCUUCAUUGUAUACCUCAAGAGCAACAGUGGGGUGAUGUCGAAGUCAUCAAGACUGUGCUUUGUUGAUCUUGCAGGGUCUGAAAGACUGAGAGAACGGGAGAUAGAGGAAACAAAGAUGAAGGAGGCAGCCAAUAUAAACAAAUCGCUUCUGUGCCUUGGAAAGGUGAUCAACAAGCUCAGUAAUGGAGAGGACGGACACAUAGGAUAUAGAGAGUCGAAGCUUACUUUCUUGCUCAAGGACUCACUAGGGGGGAACUGCAAGCUGACGGUCAUUGGGAAUGUUUCUCUUGAGAGCAGAAGCGACACUGUGAAUACAAUGAACUUUCUUCAAAGAUCCAAAAUGAUAAAAAACCUUGCGGUUGUGAACUCUGAUGUGAAUGGGGAGCUAGAAGAGGUGAAAAACAAGCUAAAAGCCCUGGACAGUGAGAACCAAAGCCUAAAGGCCAGGAUUGCUCUGAUGGACACACAAAUGCAAGAGGAGUCCAAAGUCCUCCCCUCCUAUCACUAUGAUAUCAAAAGGAUGAAGAGCGUUGUUGACGACACCAUGAACACACUUCUAGAGUUGGAAACGGUUAUCAAAAAAAUACCCAAUGUCGAAUUUGACAAAAGCAGAAGACUUCUUCUCAGCAUUCAUGAGCGCUUUGUGUCAAUGUAUGGAAGAGAAGGGGAGGAUGGGGAAAACAGUAUGAAGAGAAAACGAAUGGAGGAAAGAGAAGAAUAA